GAUGGCUCGUACCAAACAAACUGUUCGUAAGUCCACCGGAGGAAAGCCCCCUAGGAUGCAACUUGCUACCAAUGCUGCUCGUAAGUUUGCUCCUACAAUAAGUGGAUUGAAUAAGCAUCACAGAUACCGCCCUGGUACUGUUGCUCUUCGUGAAAUCCUUAAGUAUCAGAAGAGUACUGACCUCUUGAUUAGGAAGCUCCCAUUCCAGAGACUUGUUCGUAAAAUUGCCCAAAACUUCAAGAAAGAUUUGUGUUUCCAGAGUCAUGCUGUGUGGGCUCUACAAGAGGCAGCUGAGGCCUACCUGAUUGGUUUGUUUGAGGACACCAAUCUUUCUUCCAUUCACGCCAAGCGUGUGACCAUUAUGCCCAAGGACAUUCAUCUUACUAGGCUUAUCAGGGGCGAGCGUGAUUAA